AUGAUGCCUGACUGGCUUUCCAUCUUUCCUUUUUUUUACUUUUUCCCUUUUGAACUUCCUAAUUGCUUGAACUCCGCCUCGUUGCCGAGGUGGUACCGCACGCCUACAGGCAAGAUGAAUGACCAGAGCCCCACGGUGGCUCCCUUCAAGUAUGUUCUCAUCCCAUCGGAUGACGCCGAAAUGCCCGUCGAGAUGACAUUUUCCGGCGGUAGCGACGAGGAACUUCGCGCAUCCAUUCAGCAGUAUUUCCGCCGGCAACUCCUCUCUCGGGAACAACGGACUGAAAUGGCGAAACACCUCACGGAAAAGGCGAAGGAGGGUGAGAAGCAGGAGGAGGGCGGAGCAGCGGCUUCAAGUGUUCAGCAAAGCGCCAUGAUCGAGGAUUACCUUGAGCAGACAUCCUUUGAGAUUGUCCCGCUUCUCAUGCCAGGGAGGGACAAUAAAUUCAUUGGCACGUCCCUCUACAUUGAUGACAGCGGCCGCUUUAAGGACCUUGCCCUGAACUCCCGUGCGAGCAAAAUUGCCCAGCGAGACAUUCGUGGGGAUGCCUUCCUUUUGUGCAACCACGACGAUCCCGCGCUUGACGAGUGGAGCCGCGUGGACUGUACUCUCACUCACUAUGAAACCCUUCUAAAGAAUCCCCCCAUGACAAAUUAUGACACUUCUAAUCGGACUCAGAUGGCGUCCGCGGCGAUGUUGCGAGAGAGUGACACGAAACGUAUCAGCGAGGAGGAUGCUAUUAAAGCCAAAAAGGCGAAGGAAGAUGGCAACGCCUUUUUUUCCGCAGGCGAUUUCAAGGCAGCAGCUCUGGCUUACUCAGAAUCCAUAGACCUCACGGAGGGCCGCAGGGAUCUUUUGCCGAACGGUGCGGAAGUCACUGCCUUGCGUUUGUCCGCGCUUCUUAACCGCAGUAUUUGCCUUCACCGCAUUGGAAAAAACGAUGACGCCGCAAAGGACGCACGAGCCGUCAUUCAUCUAGACGGGGCAAAUAUUAAGGCCCACCAUCGACUGGCCGUUGCUUUAUGCGGAAGUCGAGAUUACGACGCAGCCACGGAGGCACUGAAUGCAUUUGAGCGCCUUGGCGGGCCAGCCAGCGACGCUGCUGCCGUUCGUCACGCCAUAGGUGAGGGGGUAAAGGCACUCCAAAAGGAACAAAAGCAGAAAUAUUCAAAACUAUUCGUCUAA